GUUCUUACAGAAUGAAAGUGGGGCCAACAUAUGUCUACACAUCACGAAUUGAUGACCAAGCUGAUAACAGAAACACCUGACCAGCCAAUCCCAUUUCUCAUUGACCAUCUUCAGUCUAAACAAGGAAACCGCAGUCAGCUUCAGAGAACAUUGUCAGGAUCUGCUGCUCUCUGGGCAGAAAGUGAAACAUCAGAAAACAAAGGAACACGAAGAGAUUUCAGAAGUUAUGAUAAGCCUUGGCAGGUUAAUGCAAAGAAGCCUAAAAAGUCCAAGAGUGACCUUGCUGUUUCCAACAUUUCUCCACCGUCACCAGAAUCCAAGUCAUUGCCAAGGUCGAUAGAGCAUCCUAAAUGGGACUGGUGGACAAAAACAGAGAGCCGUGAUUUUGAUGAAUUAAAUCAUAUUCUACAGGAGAGUAAGAAGCUGGGGAAAGCCCUUGAGAAUCUCUCUCGCAGCAUUGCUAUUUCUGAUGAACUGGAUAAGGACACAACCGGUUUUAAUGCUCCUCUUCUAAGACCUCGUGUGAUUGGAGAAUGGAUUGGCCGUGAGGAAAAUGAUGCAGAUCCAUUGGCUGCUGAAAUGUUGCAACCACCCAUACCAAGAAGUAAAAAUGAACAAUGGGACAGUGAGGAUAGCAACAGCAGUCCUGGAGGAAGCUUAAAGAUGGAGCCGAAGACCAAAGGAUUGAAACAACAGCAGCAGCAACAUAAGAAGCUACUGGCUGCUAUGCUUUCCCAGGACUCCUUUGAUUCUGUCCAAAGUACAGCUCCUUCAGUGACAGAGGAAGAUAUUGACAAUGAGGAUGAUGCAAUGGAACUGCUGGGUAAUUGA